CUUUCUCUCCCUUCUCACAGAACCCAAUCGAUUCACCGGACGUCGUUUUGCCGCCCGGAAAUCACUCCUCAGAUUUCCCCUUCUCCCGCAUCAUCAAGAUGGUUUCUGACGCUAGUAAGAAGAGAGAAGCGCAGAAGAAGGCAGCUGCCGCUGCCAGGCGCGGCGGAAAAUCUGCACAGGCAGCCUCGUCGUCCAAGGCUCCGGCGACAUCUGGUGUUGAGAUUAACGGCGCUGACAAUCUGUCGAACGGAGUUAAGGAGCUUCAGAUUUCCGAUCGGACGUGCACCGGUGUUCUGUGCUCGCAUCCCCUGUCCAGAGAUAUUCGGAUUGAGUCUUUGUCUCUUACGUUUCAUGGGCAUGAACUUAUUGCUGAUUCUGAACUGGAACUCAACUAUGGAAGACGAUAUGGAUUGCUAGGAUUGAAUGGGUGUGGUAAAUCGACACUUCUCACUGCAAUAGGACGUCGUGAGCUUCCCAUCCCAGAGCAUAUGGAUAUUUAUCACCUUAGCCAUGAGAUUGAAGCUUCUGACAUGUCUUCACUUCAGGCUGUUAUAAGUUGUGAUGAGGAAAGGUUGAAAUUAGAGAAAGAAAUUGAAAUAUUGGCUGCACAAGAUGAUGGGGGUGGGGAACAACUCGAUCGUAUAUAUGAGCGUUUGGAAGCUAUGGACGCAUCUACCGCUGAGAAGAGAGCUGCGGAGGUUUUGUAUGGGCUUGGGUUUACUAAGAAGAUGCAAGAAAAGAAAACACGUGACUUUUCAGGAGGAUGGCGAAUGAGAAUAGCCCUUGCACGUGCCAUAUUUAUGAAUCCAACCAUAUUGUUACUUGAUGAACCCACAAAUCAUCUUGAUUUGGAAGCUUGUGUGUGGUUAGAAGAAACAUUAAAGAACUUCGACCGGAUUUUGGUGGUUAUUUCACACUCACAAGAUUUUCUCAAUGGUGUAUGCACCAACAUCAUUCACAUGCAAAACAAGAAACUGAAGAUAUACUCGGGAAAUUAUGACCAAUAUGUCCAAACACGCUCUGAACUUGAAGAGAACCAGAUGAAACAAUACAAGUGGGAGCAAGAGCAGAUUGCUUCAAUGAAGGAGUACAUUGCCCGGUUCGGACAUGGUUCAGCCAAACUUGCACGUCAAGCACAAAGCAAAGAGAAAACUUUGGCCAAGAUGGAGAGGGGUGGCCUUACCCAGAAAGUCACCAAGGACAGUGUCCUUGUUUUCAGAUUCCCAGAUGUCGGGAAACUUCCCCCGCCUGUUUUACAGUUUGUCGAGGUGAACUUUGGCUACACUCCGGAUAACCUUAUCUAUAAGAAUCUAGAUUUUGGUGUCGACUUGGAUUCAAGGAUUGCACUUGUGGGCCCAAAUGGGGCAGGAAAGAGCACGUUGCUUAAACUCAUGGUAGGUGAUUUGACCCCCCUCGAUGGAAUGGUCAAGCGCCACAACCAUCUGAAAAUUGCACAGUACCACCAACACUUGGCAGAAAAGCUUGACAUGGAUUUGUCCGCACUUCAGUACAUGAUCCAAGAGUACCCCGGGAAUGAGGAAGAGAAGAUGAGGGCAGCAAUUGGCAGGUUUGGCCUGACGGGUAAAGCUCAGGUGAUGCCAAUGAAAAACUUAUCGGACGGGCAACGUAGCCGGGUGAUAUUUGCAUGGUUGGCUUUCAGGCAACCACAGAUGCUGCUGCUCGAUGAGCCAACCAACCAUUUGGAUAUUGAGACGAUCGACUCGCUGGCAGAGGCUUUGAAUGAGUGGGACGGUGGGAUGGUUCUGGUCAGCCAUGACUUUAGGCUUAUUAACCAGGUCGCGCAUGAGAUAUGGGUUUGUGAAAACCGGACAGUUACCAAAUGGGAGGGUGACAUCAUGGAUUUCAAGCACCACUUGAAAAGGAGGGCCGGGUUGGGCGAGUAACCAAACCAUUGAUGGGGAAAAACGAUACCUCUUCACUUCCCCCAGCACACACUUGGUGUCUUAGAGUCCCGGCCGCUGUCAUGGUGGGUAGAGGACCGUAGGGAAAAACACACGCAGGUAGUGGUAUCCAUCAUUCAUGGCUGAUGUUUAUGUUCUUUUUCCUAGUAUUAUCAAACCAAUGUUUUUUUUUUUGCGUAUCCUGAAGGCCUGACUGACCAGCGACGUGAGGACACAGUCAGUUCAAGCAGAGUGAUUUGGGUGGGUGUGAAUAGGGGCUGUGAAAUCCCAGUUUUUUGGGUUAUACUCCUAAGCUUGCCCAGUUGUAUUAUCACUACUUGUUAUUGUUGGUGGGAUUUUGUAGCAUUUUUAUCUUGCAUUUUGAAGGAACCUAUGGUGUUUUUUUUUUGCACUUGUGCCCUAUACUCUAAUUUUGAAUGGAUAUACAGUACUUGGUUU